AUGCUCACCAGGGCAGCCAUAUUGCGACCUAAAGGUCACCAGCCUGCCUCGCUGGACGUGACCUGGGAGGAUGGUGCCCCCUGUGCGACCAAAGAGGCCCAGGACUCGCCCGGACCCCCUGACCGCGGGAGUGCACCAGAGGAGGCCCAGGACUCGCCCAAACCCCCAGACCGCGAGAGUGCACCAGAAGAGGCCCAGGACUCGCCUGGACCCCCUGACCGCGGGAGUGCACCAGAAGAGGCCCAGGACUCGCCCAGACCCCCAGACCGCGAGAGUGCACCAGAAAAGGCCCAGGACUCACCCAGACCCCCUGACCACGGGAGUGCGCCCAAAGAGGCCCAGGACUCGCCCAGACCCCCUGACCGCGGGAGUGCACCAGAAGAGGCCCAGGACUCGCCUGGACCCCCUGACCGCGGGAGUGCACCAGAAGAGGCACAGGACUCGCCUAGACCCCCUGACCGCGGGAGUGCGCCCGAAGAGGCCCAGAACUCGCCCAGACCCCCUGACCGCGGGAGUGCACCCGAAAAGGCCCAGGACUCGCCCAGACCCCCUGACCGCGGGAGUGCACCAGAAGAGGCCCAGGACUUGCCCAGACCCCCUGACCGCGGGAGUGCACCAGAAGAGGCCCAGGACUCGCCUAGACCCCCUGACCGCGGGAGUGCACCCGAAGAGGCCCAGGACUCGCCCAGACCCCCUGACCGCUGGAGUGCGCCCGAAGAGGCCCAGGACUCGCCCAGACCCCCUGACCGCUGGAGUGCGCCCGAAGAGGCCCAGGACUCGCCCAGACCCCCUGACCGCUGGAGUGCACCAGAAGAGGCCCAGGACUUGCCCAGACCCCCUGACCGCGGGAGUGCACCAGAAGAGGCCCAGGACUCGCCUAGACCCCCUGACCGCGGGAGUGCGCCCGAAGAGGCCCAGAACUCGCCCAGACCCCCUGACCGCGGGAGUGCACCCGAAAAGGCCCAGAACUCGCCCAGACCCCCUGACCGCGGGAGUGCACCCGAAAAGGCCCAGAACUCGCCCAGACCCCCUGACCGCGGGAGUGCACCCGAAAAGGCCCAGAACUCGCCCAGACCCCCUGACCGCGGGAGUGCACCAGAAGAGGCCCAGGACUCGCCCAGACCCCCUGACCGCUGGAGUGCGCCCGAAGAGGCCCAGAACUCGCCCAGACCCCCUGACCGCGGGAGUGCACCCGAAGAGGCCCAGGACUCGCCCAGACCCCCUGACCGCGGGAGUGCACCAGAAGAGGCCCAGAACUCGCCCAGACCCCCUGACAGCACAGGUCUUUAA